AUGAAGUGGGAUGGAUGUGCUGCUUCUCUGUCCAUUCCUGAACCAGGCAUGGGUGCCCUUCCUGUGCAUACCGCUGCUGCAUGGGGUCGAACAAAUUGCCUUCGGGCAUUGCUACGUCAUCCUGACUCGCGCACAAAGCACACAUCAGAUAAGGCUCAAAGUUUCGACGUUUCGUGCGAUUCUGAUGAGGAGCUACCAUUCUCUUGUCAAUUGCGAGGACUUCCUGCAAUCUAUCGUUUUCGUUUUUGUCUGGAUCAGCUGGACUACUACGGACUGACGCCGUUUCUAUUGGCUGUAAUUCAUGGGCACACCGAAACGGUGAUGGAACUCCUUCGAUUUCGUGUGGGCAUCCAGUUACUGCCGCGUGAUUUCGACUGGUCCCCUUACCGACCCAUAAGCUCGUCGUCUAAUCGCGGCACAAUGUUUUCUUCCCCUGAUUUAACUCGCAUCGAAGCGAGAAAACCGAUUGAUCUUCAAUCGCAAACUGAUGAUGCCACUCGUGUUUCCGUCGCCAGCCCUAUUGACUUUCGGCGCCGGGUAGUUGCUUGCUGGUAUAUCGGUGAAUCAGACUCUCAGUCUCAUGAGAGGAUAUCUCGGCUCGUUGUUAAUCCUUGUAAUCACACCGGUCUUGGUUUGCACUUGAUCUGCGGACAAUUUAACGCUUUGCACUUGGCAGUCAUUUCUGGGAAUGUUGAGCUUUUGACAUCCAUCGUCGAAUACUUUCUUGAGGAAGUGAACACAACUGCUGGACCCUGCGUUCACCAAUCCGACGACCAAGCUGCCGGGACCCGUCAUUCUUCCGAUUCCGAGGAAUCCAGUGUCCCUCUAACUGCUCUGGGAUUGGCUUACUGCCUCAGUAAUACUAACGAAACAUUGGCUUGCGAAAUGAGCGAAGUCCUCCUCCGAGCUGGGGCGGUGGAUGAUGGACAGAAAGUUUUCAAUCUUGCCUACCGCCAAGGGCGUCAUCGUCUUUCUGGUCUGCUCGUCAUGGGACCCACCAGCAUGUCUCCGAUGUCCCCGAAUGAUGUCCGCGGAAUCCAUUUGAACUGGUCCCAUCAUCACCUCAAUCCGAACGUGUUGCCCAGUGCCACUUGGCUUUUACUGAAGGGUCCCAUAACAGGUUGGCUUCGACCAUUUUCGACCUUUUAUACAGAUAGCUUUCAACCUUCGGCCUUUACCAGAGUAUCGCUCUCCCAUUGUGGACUAGAAGUGUUACCUUGGUGUCUACUGGUUGAGCUACCCAAUCUGCAGGAACUAGAUUUGAGCUGGAAUCACCUCUCUGACCUUCCAUUGGCAAUGCCGAAUCCCCAAUAUGAACAGGUUUACUUAAUAUCCAACUUGACAUAUCUGGAUUUAUCGCACAAUCAUUUGAAAUCGCUCCCCGAUUGGUUAUUCGUCAACACACCUCCUAGCUCACCACAUCGGUGCAUAUCCCCAUUCAAGCGAACAAGUUCUGAGAAGUCACUUGCAGACCGCGUUAACCAACAGCGCCUGUACUGCAUUCCAUUUGCACCCAAUCUGACGCACUUGAUGGUUUCAAAUAACCAACUACUUUCAGUGCCUUCUUCCAUGUGGUCUUCCCAAAACUUAAGUUUUUUGGAUCUUAGCUACAACAAACUCACUCGUUUCCCAUCACCUGAUAGUAGCAAAGCUGGUUCGGUGUCAAAAAGGAGGCAUUGUUCUGUUGGAGAGAAUCGGCUCAUUUCACAGGAUUCUCUACCGUCCCGGUGUAGAAUAGUGGACUUGUGGGUCCAACACAAUCAACUCUCUACACUUAUCCCAGAGUCGAAGCCAAAGGAUAAAGGCGCAGCCACUGGCUACGAUUUUUAUUACCCUACAUCCAUCUCAUUGGCUACUCUAACCCCUCUGCUAAAACAUCUGGACGUUAGUCACAAUCGAUUGGAGUCACUUCCUGGUUUUCACUUCUUUCCAAUAACCCUCGUCCACUUGGAUUUAAGUUACAAUCGCAUUGUGCAUUUGGGGCGUGAAGCGGGACUUCAGAAUGCAGCGGAUCACUCUCUAUCCCGAUUAACACGUGCUUGUCAAUUACGAAAUGUGUCGGGCCACUUAGGUGCUGGCGCAUUACCUUCAUUGGAGCACUUAACUUUGCGUGGAAAUCAGUUGGAGUCGUUUUGUGCCCACGUAGGCAACUCAGAAGUCGAUCCCAAUCAGUUCGAGCUCAUGGACUGCUCGACUACUGGUGAAUGUCUGUUUACGUGCCCAACGCCGCUCGUACAAUUCCCGGCCCUGAAGUCUCUGGAUUUGGGUGACAAUCACUCCUUGCAUGGGUUGGACAACAGUUUGGUUAACCUGCCCAGUUUACAGCAGUUGUUUUUGGACGGCUGCACCAACUUGACUACGAUGCCUGCUGAUCUCUGGCGCCUGACCAAUUUACACUCACUGUAUCUGGCUCGUACACCAUUUGGGUGUCAUCCGACCCCCAAAGACCAGAUGGUGUCAUCUCAUUCCAGCAACUCGUCAACCGGCACAAGCAAGCAUAGCCCAAAGAUACAACCUCCCAUUGUGAAAUACUUCAAGUCUGUGGCGUCGCAAUCCCGUCCUCUGACUAACAUCCGUCUGCUUGUUCUUGGACCAAGGGGCGUUGGGAAAUCGACACUGAUCAAGCUGUUGCAUGCAGUGGAAGAGAAAGAUGCGACACCAUUCCCGGCAGAGAAACAGUCUCCAUCGACCAAUACCUUUGAACCUACACUUCCACUCCGCGUCUCUAAGGUGGAUUGUAAAAGUGUCGAUUCAACUGACACAUCUCAUCUCUCUAGUUGCGCUGACUGUUCCCCCGUUGUGAGUGCAACGCAGCUGACCAUCCGAAGGUCGUGCCAGGAUCACGAACGCAGCAGUGCGGCAGGACCGCACUAUUCGUCGGGCUCUCAGUAUGUAUCUGUUUGGUACGACGAGAUUACAUUCAGUGUUUGGGACAUCACCGGUCCUUCCUCGGCUCCACACAUGUGCGCACCCAUCGUCGACCGCCAGCAUUCAGUUCAUUUUGCAUCCGAUUUAGCAGCUCACACUUUGUGUGCGAUUGAACAGCUCUUAUUCAGUCGUCACGCGGUAUUCCUCGUUCUGUGGCGCAUGUCCGACGGUGUUCAUGGGCUAAACCAGACCACCCAGUGGCUGAUGAACAUUCAGGCCCGUGUUCCUAUGUCUCCGGUCAUUUUGGUUGGAACGCAUUUGGACCGGUGCGACAAUGCGCGUCGAUCAGGUGAUCGGACAGAAAGCAUCGAAUUCUUAACUUCACUAAUCAAGUCCCGGUUCUCGAGCACAAUUGACUUGGCUGCAUACGGGCUACCUCGGGUGUACGGUCACGUGAUGUUAGGUCUCGAACCUGAGAUGAACUCAGAUUUUUUAGAAAGGACAAAAGGUCUGGCUACAAUGAUCCACAAGGCUGUCAACGAGAUGCAGGUUUCAAGUCGAUGUGUAUCGAGCAUGUUUCCAGAUACCUCAAUUGGCUCGAGAGCAUGUCUUCGAUUGCUGAGCUUGCCAAUUCCUCUUCUGUACCACCUCGCGAUCACAUGCACACGACAACUCACCACCGAAUUGCACCAUGCGCUCCGACUCCCCAUACUUCCAACCGACCAGUUCUUGUUUGAAAUUCAUCGCCGUCUUUGUGCUCAGCAUCUACCAUCUUCCAUCCCAAUCUCCCUGCAUGAUCUUUUAACGAGCGCCCCACCACACUCCUCCUGUAGCAACGCUCCUCAGCCUUCCCUUUAUCUCGCCGUUCAGUCUGGUGGCUUUGAGUCCGAUGCAUCUGCACGGGCGGUGCUGAAUUUUUUGCACGAAUUCGGGUUCUUGCUGCAUUUCAGUGAUCCUUCCCUUAGCCACUUGGUAUUCCUCUCACCCUCAUGGCUUGUGCAGCUAUUACUUCGCAUCUUCACUAUGCUACAUCACACCAGACCAUGCACCACCUCUGUGGUUCGUCGCUGUCGCAUGUUGUCUGGCAAAUCUGUGGUAUCACGCAUGCCGUCGGGAUGCACCGCAUUUAACUCAGGCAUUAUCACAGAUUUCGAAUUCAGUGAAAUCCUCCGUUGCUGUUUGAUUGAGCCCUGUCCUGAUUCGGACGUUGCAGACUCUGGUUUCAGUUUACUGCUGCCCGCGAUGGCUCCACUUCUGUUCAAGUUCGACUUAGCAAUACCGCUGGACGGGAAUCGCAUGCUGCUUCCCUCUUUACUAUCAUCCAGAUCGGUCCGUAGCCACCACAUCGUUUCUUGUGUCACUCCUUCGGACGUCAGUCAAUCGGAUUCUCCCACAAACCUCAUACACAUGAUUGGACGUCAUCCCAAGGGAUCCAGGUUGCAAGAGUGUACAUUUAUGAAGCCGCCCAUGCCCCGGUAUUUUGUUUCUAGUCGACGCGUCAAAGUAGACAUUUACUCCAUGGGGAUUAUCAUUUGUGAAUUAGUGAAUUGUCAGGCCGCAUACAGACAAUGUGCCUCGACUCGUUUCAGCAUGGCUCAACAAGUUCUAUCUGGAAAGCGACCGAAAAUUAUACCGACGCGUGCCAUAGAAACACCGCUUCAUAUCCUCCAUCUCCUUUCGGCCUGUUGGUCAAACGAACCCCAUCGGCGUCCUUCAGCGAACUACAUUGCCCAACUAACUGCGCCGUGGUGGAAUGGUUCCGACGAGCUUCAGAGCAAACGCCUUACAACGAUACCCAAGCUGCUUGAUGUAAAGCGGCCGUAUGAUCAUCACGCGAUCCACAUAAAAUCAAAUAAAGAAAUGAACGGAGUUGCGCAUAUACGAUCUACCCAUCGCAUUGACGAUCUCGAUACAAUAACUUGUGCACUUCUCGAUCCAUCGGGAAACUUUUGGCUUGGUGGAUACCGUCAUCGUUCUCCUCCAGACCAACGUGGUAAGGCCUUCCUUCCUCACGAACCAAUCGAGUCAGGUCGUGACACUUUUGAGAAGGAAGGCUUGCUUCUCUUGCUGCCUGCCUCAUGUGUGAAUACCUGCAACACAUUGAAGGUCGUGUUGAUCAACCGGUAUUCGAUGGAGCUCGGUGGCGCAUGCGGCAACGCAAACAUGUCCCGUAUGGAUGCUUCCCCCACCGCAUCGGGCACUGAAGCAGUUGAUUGGCCUCAACGAAUCGUCUGUGUUCAGUUUCCCUCUCAAUGUGGUUCCGAUAAAUUUUUCGUCAAUUGCGUUACUGCACAAGGCGAGUUGGCAGUGUACAGUCAUCCUCAGCUGAAAUGCGCAUUGCGACGUCGUAUACACUGUCAUCAGAGCAAUUUACCGACCGGUUUGCAUGGGCAUCGCUAUUCGUUCAUGCUUGCUUACGGACUUCAUGAGGGCCGUCCUUUGGAAUCUUCGAGGCAUCCCGAGGAUGAAUCAUCAUUUUCACACCACUGCCAGUUGCGAAAGGAACUCAACUCUGUCGGACGCUAUCAGCUAGCAUUGGUAGCAACAAGCUCUGGUUGUCUCGAUUUGAUCCAAAUCACUGUCAUGCAGCUUGAUGCAAGGUACCACCUUACCUUCAAUCAAACACAUCGAGUGUGCAUCACGCCAAGAGUGCACAGCGCAAUAUCCAUCCCGGCGAUUGGUCUCAACUCAUCCGAGCUUUGGUUUGGGCAGUCAGGAUGCCUUCUGAGCUGCUACAUUAUGGAUCUCGCCGAGGAGACAAAGUUGUGCCGAAGCGAAAACAGAGAAGUUACUUUCAGCCCUGCGUACUGCUGGCCUGUGUCCUCCAAUGGUACUGGCCAGAGCACAGUUAAUGCGUUGGCUGUCGAUAUCCGGGACAUGGAACCUGAUGAUCGUUGCAAAGUGACACGCACGGGAACCUCCAAAUCAGAAUACAAAGUAUGGAGCUAUUUGUAUCCCGAUCACGAAAUUGCUUGCUGGUCCAGUUCAUCCAGAGUACGCCUGUGGUUGAUUUCACUUUUGGACGUUCUUCCGCCCACACCACCCGAAUUGCCCGACUUUCUCUCCAGUGUCCAGCAUAUGGAGGUGCUACCCUGUUCACGUUUGAUGCUGACAGACGGACGGGGCCACGUACUAUGUGUGACUAUCGGUGAUUCGGACAGCAUGCAUUCUCAACGUUUUCGUUACCACGACAAUUUGGUGUCCUCCGAUGAGUGCAGUUUUAUCACCACAUUAUCACAUGUGUCAAAUCGUCAUGGUGCCGUUGUUUUUACUCUUCAUCGUGGCUUGCGGAGCCCAACAAGUCCUAUGUCCAUCUGCCCACGACGCAGAACACCCGAUGACUCAGCUCAUUUUUAUCUCGUAUCCCUUUUUUCUGAUCACUACUUAUUUUCUUAGAGUGAUAUGAUCGUCUGUACUACUUUCACACACAUGUCAAAUUCGUCACUCCUAUGAAACUUAAUGGCUCCAUGUACUUAUGUUUGUCCCUCCAACUGUGAUACUUUACUGCCUUCCUGAA